AAAAGGCAGUGGAAAUUAAAACAUAAAAUUAGUUAUUGAAUUUAAAAGAUACAAAAAGACGGUCAAAGGGAAAUAUAUUGUGUUUCGGACACAAAGUUUCUUGAUAAAAUUAAAACUUAAAAUUAGUUAUUGAAUUAAAUAUAUGCAAAAAUAGAGGUCAAAGAAAACACUAUUAUGUUCCGGACACUAUUGUUCUUGAUAAUAUUACAUUUUGUAAUAGCUCUUAUCAACGCUGCUACAAUAACGGAAAUGGAGACUCUGCAUACGUCAUUAUUCACUGGUUAUAACAAAAAUGUGCGUCCGAUAACGAACCAAAACACGGCAAUAAACGUUAACAUAUACAUGUCAAUUAAGUCAAUUAGAGAAUUUGAUGAAGUUGAUGAAAGGUUUUCUUUUGUCGCAGCGUUGGUACUAGUAUGGACAGAUGAAAAAUUACAAUGGGACCCAAGUGUUAAUGGUGGCAUCGAACAGCUUACAGUGGCGUUCGGUGAUGUAUGGGUUCCGGAAAUGACGUUAUCCAGUCCUUCUUCAAAAGGGUCAACUAUAGGGAAAUCAACAGACAGAAUACGUGUUGACCAAUAUGGUCAAAUGGAAUGGAUACCAGCGGAUCUCAUUGAAAGCACGUGUAGUGUUAACGCUAGGAAAUUUCCAUUUGACACUCAGAGUUGCGACACGAGUUUUACUUCCCUUGGUUACAAAAGCCAUGAAGUGAAUCUUCUAGCUGGAAUGCCCAACGUCUCUUUAGAUGUAUAUACUCCUCACUCUGUAUGGGAUGUUACUGGAUCAAAAGUUAACGUUAAGACGGUAGCGCCUGGAAAUGAGUCUGAAAUAACGUUCACUAUAAAGUUGAAAAGGGACUCAACUUUUGCUGUGAUAAACAUUAUAAUGCCAAUAUCAAUUCUAAGCAUGUUAAAUGUUCUUGUGUUUCUCUUGGUGCCAGAAUCGGGAGAACGUAUUGGAUACUGUAUCACAACACUGCUCGCUAUUGCUGUGUACAUGACCAUUGUCAAUGACUUGUUGCCCCAAACUUCGAAGCCAGUACCGCUUAUAUCUUACAAGUUAUUUAUAGACUUGUUUAUAAGCGCACUUAUAGUAUGUGUCACCAUCCUUAACAUGCGCCUGUAUAGUAGGGACGACAGCUUUAUUGUACCUGCGUGGCUCAAGUCUAUGUACAGAUUUUUUACGUGUACCCGAAGAAAAAUAAGCAAAAUAAGCCGAAUCGGAAAUGUUGAGGUGGAGCCAGUUAUUGUGAUCAGUUCAGAGAAAAGUAAACAAAUUAGACCGCAGAGUAAAUCUGGAUACAGUGAAAAGGAAACGAUUCACGAGCUGGAAAAGUCAGAAGACGAAGGCGAUCUAAUUACUUGGAAGAAAAUAAGCUAUAUGGUUGACUGGAUUGUCCUUUUUACGAGUAUAUUUAUGUCACUUUUGAAUGUGAUCAUAUUUGUGGGUCUUGCAAAGUCGUAAUUAAAGAAAAAAAGAAAAAGAAAAAACAACAACAACAACAAAACCGAACAUCUGUGCAAAGGCCUGUGUAGACAACUGUAAAGUCCAGUUCUCAAGCAUUUUUGCUAAACGAGAAAGAAAUUUUAUUUGUAUCUCAAACAUAUUUUUUUUUUUAAAUUCUUCCUCAAGCGGAUAUUUUUAACAUAUUCAUGAUCUAACUAAAAGUGUUUAAAUUUAAUUUUUUGUAAGCAUGGACAUGUGUUAUUAUAGAUGGAAGUGUUUAAAUUAUGUGCUGUCUCGUAAGCAUGGCAACGCGUUGUUGUUAAUGGUGUUGGCAUUUUACCAUCACGGUAGUAAGACUCUUUGAAUUUGAAUUCACCCGAGCGCAGUUCAACCAUCGCAUCAUUUCCGGACAGGCUGUCAACUAGUACUAAUUUCCUGCACUUACACGUCUGUACAUGCCAGAGCAGUAUGACCGUACAAAUGAUUUCAUGAUCAAUUGCAACGAUUAUGAACGUUAGAUUGCUAAUUUCAUUGAAUAUUUCUUAAAAGAGCUGGGACAAAAAAAAAAUAAUAUUUUCCCCAAGAAUAGAGGAAAUAUAAAUAGCUUUCUAUACGCUUGCAUUCAUUCGGAACACCGCAACGAUUGGUACUGUUUAAUUACAAGAAUCAUUCUACAUGAUUUUUACAUACACGUUUAUCAAUCUUUUACUCUUCUUUCUUUCCUAUACAAUACAAUGUUAGAUAAUGGACACAAGGAAUUAUAUAGAGUGGGAAAGAAAAAGAAAUCGAGAAAUCCUCUUGUAAGUUGUAAACUGGUUGUCUUAAUGUAUUUUACUUAUUCAUUCAAUUUAUUUCAUUCGCCCUACUUUGUCACAUUACAAAUCUGUUCAUUCCACUAUUGACUUACAUUGUCAUACGAUUUUUAUUUUGAGUGUGGAUUAGCAAGUAUAUCUAACGGAUUAAUGUUUGACGUAGGUAUCAUUUUAAUAACUUUAAUUUCUAAAGAAGGAUUUGCCAAAAAAAAAGAAGAAAAAACGCACGUAUUUAAUCUCAUCAUGUGAUGCGUUUCGUAAUGUCAAUAAACGUUUUACGAUCAUAAUUGAAAGAUCCCUACCCUUUUAUUUGACUAUCAAUAUAUUUAACCACAAACAUUGACAUUGUGCUUUUUUGUUAACGAACAUUUUGUGAUGAGAUUCUUAUUGUAUCCACUAAUCUGAUAAAUUAUUACACUAUAUUACUGAUGCUAUUCAAAAGCCAACCAAAACAAUAGAUAGCGUUACUGAACUUUUAUAAAUUUGAUUUUGACUAGAUGGAAUAAUAAGAAAUGUCAGGGAUACAUGCAUUAUGUUUUGAUAAACAGAAGUUUCUAAUAAUAGUAUGGGAGAGUCCGUUUUUAAGUUAUAAAAGUAAAUGAAAUGUUUCACUUCCAGAUUGUUUAUACUGUAAGAUUGGCUUCUGUCCCAGAUUAUAAGUAGCGGAUAAGAUAAUUUAUUAUCAUUAUGAAUGAAUUUAGUAUUAAUAUAUUACACUAUCUUUGCAUUUUGGUAAACAAAAGUAAAAGCUAUUGUAUAUUUACAUACAUUGUUCCCGUUAACCAAAUAAAUGCGCCUCGUCAACGCAAAACUGUUUGUUUUGGUUUAAGGUGGUGUUUGGGACUUCUUCAAAUAUAAUGUGUAUAAUUUUAAUGGUCAGAAUUAAGUUAAUCACCCGCAGUUAUGUUUACCCGAGUUAAUCUUUUUAUGGAAUGUGCUUGUAUUUUUAGAGAAAAUUAAGGAAAGUUCUGUUUAUCUUUAUAUUAUAAUUAUAUUAUACCUUACCUAAAUGGUACUGCACCUCAGUACGGAUAGUAUUAGUACAAUUCGUUUUCAUUAUUUAGGUAUUAAAAAUCCUUAAUUGUAUAUUUACUUUUAACAAAACAAUUAUCAUUGAUGUCUCAACCUAUUAUGCUUCGCAAUAGACCUUUAUCGUAAUAAGGCG